AUUUAUAAUCUGUUAAUUUCGUGGUAACCAAAGAACUUUUGGUUUCACAUUGAGGAUUCGAUCUUCACAAUUUUCAACAUGAGAAAAGAGAUUAUUGUUUGUAUUAUAUUUUUAUUGUUGUACGUGGAUGCAUCAAACGAUGUAAAUUCGGGUAAAAAAAAAUCAUGGCGAGAUAAAGAUAUACGAGACAUGACUGAUGCGGAUUUGGAACACUUGUUAGAUCAGUGGGAGGAAAAUGAUGAACCAUUGGAACCAGAUGAAUUACCAGAACAUCUUAGGCCUAGUCCACAAAUUGAUAUGUCAAAGCUUGACAUGUCAAAUCCUGACAAUAUACUGAAAAUGACAAAGAAAGGCAAAGGUGUAAUGAUGUUUGUGGAUACUAACGAAGAUAUUUCAGCUAAAGAUGCUGAGGUAAUAAUGCAGAUUUGGCAAAGCAGCCUCCAAAAUAACCAUAUUAUUGCUGAAAGGUAUCCAAUUGAUGAAAAAAGGUCUGUGUUCCUUUUUCGUGAAGGCUCACAGGCUGUAGAUGCAAAAAAUUAUUUACUACAACAGCCAGAAUUGUCUCAUGUUACUCUUGAAGGACAAACCUACUUUAGGGAUCCAAAGAAGCAGAAUAUAAACAUGGCAAAAAUGAAACAGAUGGUAAAUCAGAAUACUGUGCAUGAGAAGAAAGAAGGGAAAGUGGAAUUGUGAUUAUUUAUAAUACAAAUUU